UGCCGGAAGCCACCGCCUGGGUGUCCUCCUCCUGCUAAACAGCUGCGUCUCCCGUGAGCCCGCGGAAGCUCGAGGACUACGACUCCCGGCAUGCUCCGAGGCCUCUGGAGUUAACCCUUAGGGGCCCGCAGCCUCCUCCCAGCGCCCCGCCUCCACCCUUACCUGGACCCCGCAGGAGAUGGGUGCCCCCAUCGGCACACUGUCCUUUGGCCACUGGACAUCAUGCCUCCCAAGAAGGAUGUUCCUAUGAAGAAACCGGCAGGACCCUCUAUUGCCAAACCUGCUGCCAAACCCGCAGUUGGAGCCCCUUCAGCCAAGACCAAGGCUGAGCCAGCUCCAGCUGCCCCUCCAGCCCUUCAGAAAACCCAGGAGCCCCCCAUCGAUCUCUCCAAAGUGGUGAUCGAGUUUAACAAGGACCAGCUGGAGGAGUUCAAGGAGGCUUUUGAGCUGUUUGACCGAGUAGGGGAUGGCAAGAUCCUGUACAGUCAGUGUGGGGAUGUGAUGAGGGCCCUGGGCCAGAACCCCACGAACGCCGAGGUGCUCAAGGUCCUGGGGAACCCCAAAAGUGAUGAGCUGAAGUCCCGGCGUGUGGACUUCGAGACUUUCCUGCCCAUGCUCCAGGCCGUAGCCAAAAACCGGGACCAAGGCACAUAUGAGGACUACCUGGAAGGGCUUCGGGUGUUUGACAAAGAGGGGAAUGGCAAAGUCAUGGGAGCAGAGCUCAGACAUGUCCUUACCACCCUGGGAGAGAAGAUGACUGAAGAGGAGGUGGAGACUGUUCUGGCAGGACAUGAGGACAGCAAUGGCUGCAUCAACUAUGAAGCCUUCCUGAAGCACAUCCUAAGCGUCUGAGCUCCUACAGAUGCGGUGGGGGUCGGACACUGCCCCACCCCCACCCCCCCUCCUCUCCGGCAGGCGGAAGCACGUUCCUGCCGCUAGGAGGCCACCUAUUGUUUCCAAAUAAAGAGACGAUUCCUCACUAGG